GCUGCACUAACAGCCACUAUAGUUGAGCUUUGCCAGUACAGGAAUGUAGCUAACCAGUUUCUCCAGUUCGCCGUGAAAAGACAGUGAUUUCAAACGAAAUACAGCAGCCACGGGAACCAUGUCACACCAUAAUGUGGUGAACGGAUGCAAACUGGUCGCUGUGCUUCUUCUUUGGCUUGGUGCCUCUGCUGGAGACAAACACGCAGGCCAUGCUCACGCAGCAGAGCACCUGGAGCGCACAGAACACAGCUCUGUUGGAUUGGAGGAGGUGGUGUUAGUGAUCCAGAGUCAGAGGAACUCCUUCCACGCCCGUCGAGCUGCUCAGAGGAAGGAGAAGAUUCUGCAUCAGGCGGCUGAGCUGGGACAGGGAGUUCCAGUUGUUGUUCUUCUCCACGAGCUGUCGGAGUAUGAAGGGGAUUGGAGUAUCCUCCCUGCGCUUCGUCAUCUCUCUGCCACUUAUGGCCAAUCAACAUCCUGGUUUUUCUUCAUUGAGGAGGAAACCAGCGUCACACUGUCCGCCCUGCUGCACGUCCUCCACAGAUAUCAAGUCCGAGAGGAAUGGUUUUUGGGUAAGCUUCUCCAUGACAACGAGGCCUCCAUUAUCCACCACUAUGCGUUCUCUGAAGACCCCACUUCCUUUAGUUAUCCUGACCCUGCCGCAGGCUGGGCUCUCAGCAUGCCGCUGCUCCAGAGACUCGCCGUGCGGCUCCAACACGAGAGUCUAAAGUCAGAUUUUACCAUCGACUUGAAACAUGAGCUUGCGUUGUAUAUUUGGGAGGCAGGUAAUGGUCCAAAGCUGACAGCAGUUCCAGAGUUUUGUACAGAAACGAGAGACAACUGUGCUACGACAUUUACAACCUACCUGCCCAACUGUGGAGAUCCCGUGUCGAAGAAAGACUUAUUUGUUGCUGUGAAAACAUGCCAAAAAUUCCACUCUGAGCGAGUACCAGUGGUGAAGGCAACCUGGGAGAAAGACGCUGGGUUUUUAGAGUAUUACAGCGAUGUCACCGACGCCUCCAUACCCACGAUCAGUCUGGGAGUGCCCAACACUGAGAGAGGGCAUUGUGGGAAGACGUUCGCCAUCUUGAGGCGGUUCUUGAACAAAGAAGUACCAAUGGCUGACUGGCUACUCAUUGUUGAUGAUGACACACUCAUCAGUUUACCCAGGUUGCGGCGACUGCUGCGUUGCUAUGACCCAAAGGAAGCAGUGAGCCUGGGGGAGAGAUACGGCUACAGCUUGCUCCAGAACGGAUACAGCUACACCACCGGAGGAGGAGGUAUGGUGCUCAGUCGGGCGGCCGUGUCCAGGCUAGUUUCCGGUGGUUGUCGCUGCUACAGUGAUGAUGCUCCUGAUGACAUGGUGCUGGGCAGGUGCUUCACUUCCCUAGGUGUUCCCAUCACACACAGUCCACUGUUCCAUCAGGCCCGACCGUAUGACUACUCCGAGACAUUGCAGCAGGCCAUCUCCUUCCACAAGCACUGGAACAUAGAUCCUGUUGUCGUCUUCAAACACUGGCUGCAGGACACGCACCCACGAGAUGAACUGUAGAAACACUGUCCGGCCAAUUUUACAAAGAAUGGAUUGCGGCUGCUGAUGGCGCCAUGAAUUACACAUGAGAUCAACCGCUCUCUGCCCCAUCUCAAGGUCAAGAUUCAGAAAAGGAAUUGCACUAAACAUAUUACGGCGCAAACGCACCCAUAAUGUUUUGCCGCUGAGUGCAAUUUGUCCUUUUUUUGCAUCUUAGUGCAAUUAACAAUGUGACAAAGUAUAAGUGUUGCCUUUGCACUAAGAGCACAGGAGGCAGAACAAUAGCAGAGAGAAAAAGACAAUUACAUAUUCAGACUGCAAGGUGUAGAGGCAUUCCUCAAAGCAGUCAAGGGCCUAGAGAAAUCAUAUUUAUUAGAGGUUAAUUUGCAUAGAAAGGGGACAAUUUUUAACCAAAUUCAUGCAUAUAACAUACAUUUCAAUAUGUGCUAAUAGCCCAGGAGCACCAAGGCUCUCUUUGCUUGGCAGCACAGUUAGGGCUGCAUUUCACCCUUUGCAGUUGCUUCUUAUUUGUGCAGGUAUAGUGGCUGCAAAAGCCACGCAAUCCUUUGUGAAUUUUCCCUUGAACUAAAGACAAGCGGUAGCCUGUGACGGUAUUGUCCAGAAAGACCUGGAAAACGUGCCCUGAAACAUAAUUUGGUUAGUGUGCUUUUGUUUAGCAGAUACGUUUACCAUUGUCAACAUUUUAGUGUAGCUCGGUCGCAUGCUAACAUUUGGUUGUUGACUUUACAUUUCUAAAGAAGUUGGAGGACUUCCUGUAGAACAGUCUCAGAGUCUUCCUACGUCUCGCAGCCAUUAUAGGGACUGAAUCUGAAAAUGCACAACAUUAACAUUAAGAAACAUUAAAAUACUAAAAAAACAACUAACACUACUAAGAGAGCUAAAAUACAAGCUAAGAAUAGAGACAAUUAACUAAAGCAAAUACAUUUAAAUAAAUUAAAGUAAUUUACCAUAGAAUUUAUAUAAGUUGUGUGUACAUGUUUUAUGUACUUGCUUUUUAUUUUGUUUACCACAUGGAAUGUGAUUAUGUCUCUCAUGGAGGUUUCAGUUUUGUAGAUUUUUUUAUCUGUAAACAGUAGAACUGUGUGUUUGUGGGUUAGUCGUCGGUGUGGACGGGUGCAAAAGUACUUACACUCACAGCUGGCAAGCCUGCGUUAAAAUGCCAUUUUCCAGCUGCUUUUAUGAAUAUAUAAAUGUUUGUGCAGGCUUACUGAAAACCUGUUAAAUAACCUGUUUUUAUGAUAUGAAAAUAAAAUAUUCAU